UUGGUUCGGAGCGGCACGCGGGUUCCUCGGAGGCGCAAAUUAGCUCGUUCGGUAGUUUGUCUGUCACCUUCGCUCUGUCGUCGUGUUGGAGUCCAAGGAGGUCCACGCACAUAUAUGGAAGAGGUUUUAUUCAUUUCGCUUCUCCCCUCGGGACAAGGAGACGGUUUCCUGUCGGUUUCCAGCUGCCGCUCGGCGAGUUUAAAGCCCGCAGGACGCGGUGGUUCACCUGAAGCUUAGGAGGACGCCGUGUGCGCGAAACUCUGCUCCGGUAAAACCAUCUUCAUCUAUCGAAGAAAGGUGGAUGAUUGGAAAAAAGUCAGAAGACGAGCUCAAGUCGAGCAGGUACACCUUACCCAAAGCUUCUUCCAAACCCAACCUGAAGGGCGCCAUGGCUCUUGGUAGUUUGAACCUCAUGCAGACCCUCAAAAACUCCCCGGCUGCCUUCCGACGCCGCUUCCGCCGGGACCGGACGGAGCUGCUCUCCCACGGCGACCCUCUGUUCAAAGUCCACUACCUGGGCACGGUGAAGAUCUUCUCUCUCGACCGAGAGCAAGCCCAGGAGGCCAUCUCACACCUGAUGGACGGUAUGGCAAAUGGGAAGAAGCUGGGCAAAGAUCACGCUCUGGUCGUGCGGCCGAGAUACGUAGAGGUCAAGGAGCUGAGCACGGGGCGCCAGCUGACCAAGACGUACCUGCAGGACAUUGCGUACUGCGCCGCCGACGCCGGCCGACCCAACGUCUUCCUGUACAUCUGCAAGCAUCAGGGCCAGCAGCUGCAGUGCCGGGUGUUCUGGUGCAGCCGGGCGGAGCGGGCGCGCGACAUGACGGCCUGCCUGGCGCGCUCCUUCCAGCGGGCGCUGAACGACUGGCAGGACGGCUCGGCCUCUCUGCCGCCGGGAGAUGCGAAGGUCAAACGUUUGGAGGAGUCUUGUAACUCUGCAACCAAAGCCAAGAGCUCAACGCUGCCGGCUGGGCUGGGAAAAGUUCGCUGGAAGAGAACGGGCUCUGCGUCCCGAGGCCCCCUCAAAGGCAUCACCAGGAGAGGAUCGGCCACCGACAGCUGGAGCUGAACCUCUGACUGGACCAAGGUUCUACGUUGACCUGCUGACAACUUCAAGGGUGGAAGCGCUGAAAGCGGGAAGGAAGGAAGGAAGGAAAUUUGGGAGGGACUGACUUACAAGACGAAGAGGCUAAAGCUGCCAACUUGAUCCAUAUUUGGUGACAUAAUGACUGCUUGUAAGGGUGUUAUCAUAACUGACGAGUGUUUGGAGAUAAAUGUUAAUGACGCGAGACGGAAACGAGAAUGGGCUUGCAACAGGCCGCUUUCGGACGAGGCUGGGUCCUGAGCAGCCAGAGUGUGUGAUGUUGAACGCGAGAUAGCUGCUGGCUGAAUGAUCCAUCAGCAAACCUGGGGGUAAAAAUAUGUUUUAAUGUUUAACAGGCAACUUGUAGUAGGUCGUGUUUUGUAUUCAUGGUGGCAUUUACACGUUUGCUGCUCUAUUAAACGGACAUUUAGGAUUCAGAGGGAAGAAUGCUGGCACAUCAAGUGAAGUAAAACGAUCUCUAUUGUUCAAAGGUCGUUCCUGUUCCUGUUACUUUCAGAGCACUUUCCCCUGUUAAUGAACCUCCAACAGAAACCCCAAGUGUUUUCGGCUCAUGACCAGGACUUUGGUUUCUAUGAACUGCAUGACAGGUCUGGUAACUGCGCCACCACCAAGUUACUGCAAAUCAUCUUCAUUGGCUACAAACUGCACAUAAAAAGAAACGUCCGUGAAUUUAAACGUACGUCAUGAAGCUCCAACGGCACCAGCUGGGCAUCCAAAACACCAGAGGACAUUGUGUUCCCAUGCGGAGCCUCGGUGAGGAAUGCACAGUCAUGCACCUGCAUUCCACGCCAGGAGAAAUCUGAGAUCGGGAAUCGUCUCAAAAAGCCUCACAUUCUUCGUGUCCGGCCAUAACUGUGCCUCUCCAGCAGCAGCACGCUUUUAUUUAAUCUUUAUUUUUCUGUGUGUGCUGCAGUGUAUAACGUCCUCAUGAUAAUUUAUGUGUCAGGUUUACAAUCGAGACUUGAGGAUAAAUGGUGUGCCCUGAGCCUACCAUCAUGUUCUCAUUUUUAUUAUUCCUAAGCUAAGCUAGAAACCUGGACUUUUUAGUUUGUUUUGUUUUGUUUUUUAUGUGCCACUAUUUUUAAAGUGAAUUUUAGGAUUUUAUGUCCAGUGAUUCUUACAAAAGGCGCAGCUCUAUCUGAAAGAAAAUAUCUGUGCCUGCUUCAAGGUGUAUUUUAUUGUUGUACUGUGCAUAUUUAUCUAAAUAUGUAUUUUAUGGAAUAUUAAAAGUUUUUAUACUGA